UUUAUAUUUUUAAAAGCUAAACAUAUGAGCAAAAUUUUAUUACAUUUAGAUGAUUGGGAAAACUUUAAUAGGCCUGGUGACUGGAUUCUUGAAAAGUCAAAAUAUACAUGCCUAUCAAGAGUGAACCAUCGCAUUAUUUAUAAACUACUAUUAAAGUUACACACAUUUUCGACAUGGCGAUAUGUAAAUAAGAUUGAAUUUCUCACCAUAUUAUUUAGAUUUCAUCGGAAAUUUACAAAAAACUAUGAUUUAAUGUACAGUUUAAUAAAAGAUGCAGUUUCCGAACCAGUCAUUACUCCUGAGGACCGUUUGAGAAAUUUAGAAGCGCAUGAACUAUUUUCUAUGUUUUUGAUGGAGCGUAAUGAAAUUGCAAUUACAAAGGCGAAAGAAAUAGGUGCCAGUAAAGCUUAUAAUACGUUUUUGAGGAAUCCUAGAUACCGUAAAAAGUUAUAAGAAACACUAUAAUAUAUUUUAAUAAUUCAUAACAGUAACUUUAUCUUCACAAAGAAAAUGAAACUUUUGAG